AAGCUUACAUUUUGCUAGUCAAUUAUUCUUUCCAAUAUCUCAAUUCUCACUUCCACAACAAGUUUUCUCCAAAUAUUCAUAUUAAAAAGAAAAAACAAGGGGAGCAUAUUUUUAAUCAAACCCAAGUUGAAGAAUUUCGAGUUUGCGUUUUGUCUAUUGCUGAUUUUACCAGGCUGAUAUUUUAACAGAUAUUAGCUGUUAAAACUGUUCGUACUGGGAACUAUUUGUGCUUAGUCAGUAGCUAAUGAUAGCCAUAUAACAUGGAAUCACACCAUCUGUAUGGAUAUGGUGUGACUGGUGCGAAUUUGUCAUACUCUUACGCUAAGACUACUACUCCUUCAAUACCUAAUCGGCUGUUGGGAACAUUGAAAUUUGAUUCGAGAUAUUCUCCAAAUUCUCCAUUUGCCAACUAUUUUGAUCCUGGUACUCCUACCACAUUAAGUGAUAGCCUUGAGCAGCAUAGCUCUACUGAAAAUAUUUCAGGAACUAGUCCUUCCAGCAAUUCUUCCCUGGAUUAUAAUCAUUAUUUCCAACGGCCUAGCCCUUCUCCAGAUUUCCGCCCAAACGGUCUACUGGCUUGUUCUGGUGAAACUUCUUUAAUGCAGUAUGCAAAUCACAGUCACAACAUGAAACAUGCUUUGCUGCAAUUGGAGACUGCUUUAAUGGGGCCCGAAGAAGUUACAACAUCGAGUCCCUCUGCAGGGGAAAUUAAACAGCCACAAACAUCCGUUCAGAGGUCCGGGAUGUGGAACCAAGAAGGCCAGGUUUCACGUCUUGGCAUAUCAGGCAAUAGAAUUCAAAGUGAGAAGCGGCACAAAGCAAUGGAGGAUUUUCCGUUGCAGGGAAUUCCUUCUGGCAACCUAAAGCAGCUGCUUAUCGCAUGUGCUAGAACUCUUGCCGAGAACAACUUAGAUGAUUUUGAAAAACUAAUUUCCAAGGCAAGAAGUGCUGUGUCCAUUACUGGAGAUCCAAUCCAGCGUCUCGGUGCUUACAUAGUAGAAGGGCUAGUAGCAAGAAAAGAAGCAUCUGGAACGAACAUUUACAGGGCUCUCAAUUGUAAGGAACCAGCUGGCAGGGACUUGCUUUCCUACAUGCAUAUCCUAUACGAGAUAUGCCCUUAUCUAAAAUUCGGAUACAUGGCUGCAAAUGGUGCCAUAGCUGAGGCAUGCAGAAAUGAAGAUCGCAUUCACAUUAUCGACUUCCAAAUUGCACAAGGGACUCAAUGGAUGACCCUUCUUCAAGCUCUUGCUGCCAGGCCUAGCGGUGCCCCUUAUGUACGUAUUACAGGGAUUGAUGACCCGGUUUCCAAAUACGCUCGGGGAGAUGGAUUGACAGCAGUGGGGGAACGGCUCGAAGAAAUUUCUCAGAAAUUCAACAUUCCGGUUGAGUUUCACGCAGUGCCCGUUUUUGCUCCUGAAGUCACCAGGGAUAUGCUUGAUGUAAGGCCUGGUGAGGCUCUGGCAGUAAACUUCCCUUUGGUACUUCACCACACACCAGAUGAGAGCGUUGACGUGAAUAACCCAAGGGAUGAGCUUCUCAGGAUGGUAAAAUCGCUUUGUCCGAAGGUGGUCACUUUGGUGGAACAAGAAUCAAAUACAAACACAGCGCCCUUUUUCCCGAGAUUUCUAGAAGUUCUAGACUACUAUUCUGCCAUGUUCGAGUCCAUAGAUGUGACGUUAGAAAGGGACAAGAAGGAGCGGAUCAACGUGGAGCAGCAUUGUUUGGCAAGGGAUAUAGUUAACGUCAUAGCAUGCGAGGGCGAGGAAAGGGUGGAACGCCAUGAGCUAUUAGGAAAAUGGAAAUCUAGGUUAGCAAUGGCAGGGUUCAGGCAAUAUCCUCUAAGCUCUUACGUGAAUUCGGUGAUAAAGAGCCUAUUGAGGUGCUACUCAGAGCAUUAUACACUGGUGGAGAAAGAUGGGGCUAUGCUAUUGGGAUGGAAGGAGAGGAACCUCAUCUCGGCAUCCGCUUGGCACUGAGAAUGAAACAAAUUAUGUAAAAGAAGUGUAACAGCUAGUUUUAGCAAAUAACCAGUUUGUAGUACAUUAAGUGGGAAGCACAGAUGAAAUAUCCUUUCUGGCAUGUAAGGUAGUUUCAGACUUUCAUAGAUAAUUUCAUGUAUCACAAACUCUUGUUUAUACAUUUCUUUAUUAUGUUCA